AUCUAAACGGGUUUUAAAGUCUGAAAAUGAGAACAGAACGUUACAGAUAGAAUUCAAAUCUUCAAUAAGAUUCAGAUUUCUUAAGAUGUUAUUUAAGAAAGUGUUUUCAAUAAUAGCCAAAAAGUAAACCCAAAAUAUUAGCAUUAGUAAAGUGAUUAUCCUUUCAUCCGAUCAAUAGAUUGGUUAACCUUUCUUUGAUAUUUGUGUCACCAGUAACAGUGAAAAUUAACUCAAAAUGGAUUUGAUUUACACAACAAUUGAACAGAUUGGGUACUUGUUUUACAUAGUUGACCCUCGAAAGCAUAUUUACCAUAGGGUUGAAGAUGUGCCUGAUUAUGUUUCCCAAGUGAUUCCAUAUUUUUCCUGCUUCAUGGCGUUGGAGCAAAUUGUGGCCGCCGUCAGAGGAUACAAAUUGGCCAGAAUCACCGACAGUUUUACAUCUAUUGCUGCCGGUAUUCUUAUGGAACAAUCAAAGAUUGUCAUGAGAAGCCUUUUAAUCGUAUUUUACAUUUUCGUUCAUCAAAAUUUUGCCCUUUGCUCAUUAAAUGGCGAUGUAACUUCUUGGUUGAUUGCACUGGUUGCUCUUGAUUUUACCUAUUACUGGUUUCAUCGAGCAAGUCAUGAAGUGAAUUUUCUUUGGGCAAUCCAUCAAACUCAUCACAGCUCUGAAGAUUACAAUUUGUCAACAGCUUCUCGUCAAUCAAUUUUACAAGUUUAUUUUCAUGCGUUUUGGUUCAUUCCAAUGGCACUAUUUUUUCCAGCUCCAAUGUUUCUCGUACAUUUACAACUCAAUGUACUCUAUCAGUUUUGGCUUCAUACAGAACUGAUCCCAAGCUUAGGGCCGAUUGAAUGGGUUUUCAACACUCCAAGUGUACAUCGUGUCCAUCAUGGUCGAAAUCGCUAUUGUAUUGACAAAAAUUAUGCUGGUUUCUUGACCAUUUGGGAUCGUAUGUUUGGUACUUUUGAGUCUGAAAAGGAUCCAAUUGUUUAUGGUCUUGUUCACCCAAUCAAUACAUUUGAUGCCUGGACUGUCCAAAACUCUGGUUUCAUCGAUAUCUGGAAUCGAUUGAAAACGUCUAAAGGAUUAGUUCAUAGUUUGUCCAUUAUAUUUAAAGGUCCAGGUUGGGAUGUUGGUAAACCCAGAUUGGGUGAUCCUAACGAUAUACCUGAAGUUAAUUACAAAACAGCUACCAAAUAUGAUCCAAAGCAUUCAAUUUUCAUGAAUUUAUAUUUUGUACUCCAUAUCGGUGCAAUUUUAGUCUUCCAUAUGAAUAUGGUUCAAACUGCUACCAUUGAUAAUCCGUUGACUUAUCUAUUCCUUGGUUAUCUUACCUUUUCAAUCGUCUGUGUUUCCAAACUAAUGAAUGGUAAAGACUGGAGUAAACAAGAAUUAGCUCGAUGUUUAAUCUUUUUCGCUCUGGAAUCAACUUUCAACGCUAACUUCAUGGAUAAAUUGUCCAUUCAAGUUGGAAUACCAGAUUUAGGAAGGUUGAUCUUUUUCCUGUCAACACUCUACUGGACCACUAAAUUGGUCAAAAUUAAUGAUGGAUUUGGUAAACGUUGUAAAGUAAAUUGAUGAUCAAAUUGACCGAGAAAGUGAUCAUUGGUUAAACAGCAAUAUUUAAAGACGCACUUUCAUGAAAUGAAAAUAUAUUGAGCUGAUUAACUGAUUAACUUAUUGUUUUAAUACAUUGUAUAGCGAGGUUUUUUUUAAAUACAAACAAAUUGUAUUCCUUUUUUAACUGAUAAAUUAUAUUUUUGUAUUAUUUACUGGAGGUAAACUGUUAACCACUCCAUAACCCAGUGAAACCUUGAUCUACAAUUAAAUAUCUUGAUU